AUGAGCUCGAUAGGAUCUGGAUAUGAUCUCUCGGCGGACAUGUUCUCCCCUGACGGACGCGUCUUCCAGGUCGAAUAUGCGAUGAAAGCCGUCGAAAAUGGAUCGACAAUUGUCGGCCUUAGAUGCAAGGACGGCGUAGUUCUGGCGACAGAGAAGCUCAUUUCCUCUUCACUCCAUGUCGCUGGUGAUAACAGCCGAAUUUUCAAGAUCGAUGAUCACAUUGGAAUGGCCGCAGCUGGUCUUCUACCCGACGCCCGCUCACUGGCUGAGAUUUUGAGAGACGAAGCCACUAAGUUCCGCCGAGAGUACGGCCGCCCCAUUCCCCUCAAGGUCCUUUGCCACACUGUUGCUAGUUACGUUCAUCAAUACACUCGCCAUUCUUCUAUCCGUCCAUUUGGAUGCACUCUUCUUCUGUCGUCAUUUUAUCAAGGCAAGGCCGAGCUCUGGACGAUCGAUCCCUCCGGAGCAGCCUUUGGCUUCAAAGGUGCCGCAGCUGGCAAGGCAAAGAACAACGCAAAGACUGAAAUCGAAAAGCUCGACCUCGACAAUCUCACCGUCAAAGAAGGCCUCAAAGAAGCUGCUAGAAUUAUUCACUCCGUUCACGAUGAUCUUAAAGACAAAAGCUUCGAGCUGGAGCUGUCCUGGGUAUCAGCCGACAAUCCAAAGCACAACCGCGUUCCCAAGAACGUCGCUGAGGAAGUCGAGGCAGCUGCCAAGGCGGCACUAGAAGAUUCAGACUCCGAAGACGACAUGUAA